CUCCAAGUGUGGCCUCCCAUGGACACCAAGAUGCAGAACCUUCCUGUCACCCACGCCCAGCCCUAUGGCAACUCUCAGCCCCAAAGCCACACCUGCAGCCAGUGCAACUGCAGCCUUCACUGCCAGAACUGCAGCCAGAGUUGCCGACGGAAUCAGAGCUGCAGCCCAAGCCGGAGCUCCAGCCAAAGCCCCACUGGCCAGUGCAGACCACCCAGGCUCCGCAGCCCAUCCAGGGCCCCUAGUCAAUCCAGCCACCGGAGCCCAAGCCCCAGCCUGUCGCCAAAGCAGUGCCAGCAGACCGCACACUCCAACUCUUCCUUGCAGCCCACCAGCCAUCGCAGCAGCUGCCCCCGGAACAGGAAGACUUUGGAACGCAAGGCAAAGAAGAGGAAGCCAGGCAAGAGGAUCCAGCAGGCAUAUAAAACAAAGAGGCAGAGCCCAGGUCGGAGACACAAGUGA